GACUCCGCCUCCUUCUUCCUUGUUCAUCUUCUUGUGAAACUGCGAUUUCUCAAAACUUUAGUCUCAGGAUGAUGGAUUCUUCAACUCCCUUCGCUACUUUUCUCCAACUCUCAUCUGAUCUUCUCUCUCUUGGCGAUCCACCGUACUCUCGAUCUGGUUUUACAAAGUCAAAUUUACUCACGCUCUGCUACUGUGAUGUGUAGAAACCGGUGAAGUUUCAAGAAAUUUCCAUUCAUGUUGUAACUUUUGGUCUUCAUGAUUAAUUAGUGGAUAUGAUCAAAAUUAAUGGAUUCGACAGAAACUCGUUUUCUUUUUAAGUACCAACCCCAACUUGGAGUUCUUGAGAAGGCCUACCUGCCACAAGGUAAGGAAUAGUUGAUUCUCACUAAUAUUUGUCUUUCUUGAUUUUUUUGUCAAGGGUCAAUUAAAAUCUAGUUAUUUCCCCUGCAUCGAUAAGGUCCUAGCAACCAUACCAUAUUCUUGUUGGUCAAUUUAUUAGAAUCAUCUAGCUGAUUAUAUCAAUAUUAGAACCAAAAUAGGACUCACAAUGAUCAAAAUUACCCUAUUUAUGUGAAGCAACAAACAAGGAUUCAUCCAUUGAUAGUAGUUCUUGAGAGAAGUCAGCCAAGAAGUUGGGCUCUGCACACCACAAUGCAAGGAAUAGAGCGAUAGAGCUUAUAUACAUUCAUGAACGAGAAACAAUUAAAGGAUCAAAUUGUUUUUCAUUGAUGGUUCUUUUGUAAUUGUUUUGUGCCUUGAAUAUACUUGUUUCUCACUAAUAUACGUGCUUUGUAAUGAAGCUUUUACAUUUCCUUUCCAUGACAUUAAGGUUUCUGACAUGGAUAUAUGGGAUGACUUAAAAAAAUUGGUGCAACUUUUGUUCUUGGGUACGUUACUUUUAUAUGUCAAGGAAGUCUUAUUGCUAGUUUCAGGUAUGAUGGAGGUGCGUCUGGCAAGGCAGGUAAUCUUUAACUCAUUGCAGGUGCUAGAUCUCAUGGCAGUUGAGCACCUAUGGAUUGCUUUAAAUGGAAUGAUGGUUGUACUAGAGCUCAAAGUUGGAAGCUGAAAUGCCUUUACAUGGAGUGAUGGUUGUAAGCUUAUUUGACUAGAUAUACUGAGCCCAAGCCAUGCCACCCCUGUUUAUUACUGAUCCAAAUGAAAUUAGACCCCAAGCCAAACAAUUUAAUGCAAGAUCAGUAUAGGCAGUCGGCUUGUGUUUGUUUGCUCAAACUUAUUCAAUACUGUAAUUACAUGCAGAGUUUGUCCAGGACAGGCCAGCAUCCGCUAGUUGGCCAGUGAAGAGCACCAACACUGCCACUUUCCCAAAUAUUGAUCCCUUACGACCCUACCCUGUCCUAGGUCCUGCUAAAAAGGGUUAGUAGUGAAUGCAUUUGAUUUGUCUUCCUUGUAUAUUGGAGGUCUUACAUAUCAUCAAUUUUGAACUUCUUCUCACAAAUUUUGAAUGGUCAAUGACUCCUUUCAGUUGUUAAUUGUCGUAAUAAUUCCCUUUUCAGAUUCAGCAUGGCUUGGCUCUGGCUGCUGACAAAUGUGCAUGUUCGUGCUCAUGACUCUUGUACCACAGGGUUGUAGUCGCAGGUAAGCAUUCAACCUACUAUAAAAUUGAGUUGCAUGUAGAAGAAUAUUUAGAGUUUUGGACCAACAUCUGAAUGUAUCGUGAAACUUUUUGUACUUCUAUUCGUGCUUGAUCAAGAAACCACAAAUUUUUAGAUGAUCACGUUGCUAUAUGCAGAAAACCAGUUGUUCAUGAUUAAGAUAAGGUUUCAUGAGGCAUGGUUGAGAUAAUGUGUGCAAGACUGUUGGACAUUAUUGGAUGUUCCAGGACAAUGUUGAAUACUUGAGCCAAAUAAAAGCAACAAUAGCUGUAUGAUACACUUUUUAGGCUAGUUAGCCCAUGGGCAAGCCUGGCCCGUUUAUAGGGUGGGCAAUGGCAAGUUGUCAAGCCCAAAAAAAGGGCUUGGGUUUACAAUAUUAGGCCCGUUGGACAAAAAAACAAGUUAGGCCCGGCCCGGGCCCAGCCCAGGCCUGCAAAUGAUCAUCUCUAGCUGUAUCUAAGUGUGAGUUAUGGCUUGAGUAAUGAAAUGCACCUGUAUAGACCAUCCUCUUUCCUGAUAUACUAUAAUUAUUUGAUUUUUUUGUUGUUUGAUACUGCUUGAGUAAUGAAAUGCACCUGUAUAGACCAUCCUCUUUCCUGAUAUACUAUAAUUAUUUGAUUUUUUGUUGUUUGAUAUUCUAUCUUUGUUCCCUCUAUAUCAUUUUUUUGUUUAUUAUUUAUACCAACCCAAAUUUUAAUUGAUUUUUAUAGAUUUGGAGUGGUUCUAUUCUUGUUAUAGUUAUGCACACAGCCAUCAAUGCAGGUAGACAGAGGGAGCUUAUCUAUUUUAAUCGUAAUGAUUGAUCUGCUCGUGUAUUUGAAGAAAGGUUCACCAUGAUUAUGAUUAUGUUCCAGCAGUGCUAACUUUCAUGUUCCCUUUGGGAAAUCUUUAUGAAGCUUUGGCUCGAGGUACAUUUUUUCUACUAAUUGAACAGGGUGAUUUAUGCAAACACUGCUCCUUGCUCAUUUACCUAUUUUGCCGUCUCUUUCGGUUUAAAAUGAGCAGAGACUAUUUCUAUAACUCAGCUGCUUAGAUUCUUGGAAUAAUCUAUGCAUGCCUUUGCAUUUCAUCUUGGUAAUGCUUGCCAACCAUUAACGUUGCUAACCUUAUUUUCUGAAAGAAGGCACUGCAAAAGAUAUAUUGAAAGGAAAAAACAUGGAAUCCUGAUUCACUAGCAAGACAAUCUAAACAAAGUGGUUCUCUAGACUUGUUGAGCCCUCAACUCAACUUGUUGCCUUUGCAUGCAAGUGCACCUCUGGAGAGCAUAACAUAUUCCAGAUUAGAACGAGUGCUCUUGGAUACCAUUUGUGAAUAGAAGUUGGAAGAAGAAUGCUAAACCUGCCCUUUCCAGGUUAAUUUGUUAGUCAUCCAUGGUCUGAUUUUAUUUGUCUUGGGGAAAACAGAGGAUUUUGAACACUUUAAGCAUUAGAACCAACCCAAUUUUCUAGGAAUAUUAUUUGUUUCUUGAAAUCACAAAGAGCUCCGGAAGUAGAUAUAUAGAGCUCCAGGACCCAACUGAUUAUCCUCCUAAGGAUUGCUGAUUGCCUAUCAAGUAUAUUAAACCCAUCCCAAAUCUAGAAGAGAAAAGGUUUGCAUUCUUCAUUGUCCCCUUCCGCAGCCCUAUGCCAUGACUCAUGAGGACUGGAAAGGUUUUUCGGUAGUCCAAUUGCCUAGAUGAAUCCCGUAUUUGGUGUCAAUGAGGGUUGUCCACAGUUGAUUCGUGCAUGCCACAGCCUUUUGGAUCUUGUUCUUUUGACAUAUGGAGUUGCUUUCUUUCUUAGAUGAGCACCAUAAAGGAAGUUUCUCAUUAGCUUUCAUUCUUAAGGGUGAUUCUAUGCCAGAUUCUGUGUGGCCUUAACUUCUUUGCCCACACUUGCUAAUAAAUGGAAUAUACUCCUUUAGCCCCUUGGUCAAGGAUGUGCUGUGGCUGUAAAUCCUCUUUCAGCUCAUCAGUUUUUUUUCCUUUCCUUUUUGUUUCAUGCGGGUUUGUAUAUUGUGGCGCCGAGGUCAUCGGGAGCUAUACCAACAGCCUCUCUGCUUGUAUGCGGUAAGGCUGUGUGUUAAUCCCUUCCACUGCUCUACGAAGAUAGGAGCAUGGUGUACUUGGGCCAUCCAUGGAGCCUAACACUGGACCAACUUUUGUAAUACAUUGGCGGUUGCCAUUUAGCAUAGAGUCUGGAUUCAUUGCUGGUUUCUGGUUCGUGUUGGCUCCGUUGAUAGUCAGCACGAGAUGGAGGAUUGCAUAUUUGCAUUGCUAUUCAAUAAUUAGUAUGGGUAUAACAUGUUUCUUACUUGAUGAAGAAUGUAGUAAUAUUUUUAUGAUGAACGUGGGUUUGUUUUUGGAAUGUUUUUAUGUAUGUUGUGAGAAUGUUGGGUUUGACUUUGUAGUUGUCUUUUACAUUGCAUCUUUCUCACUGAUCUCUUAAGCAACCUGAAACUAAAUACUCUCCUGAAUCGAUAUGAACAGGAAGCAAGGAAAGAUAAAGAACAAAGUGAGUUUUACAAGGUUAAGGGUGUUUAUGGCAGUAACAAGUGGAUGACAUACAUAAGAGAAUUUCCAUAAAGACUUCAAGCACAGAAGACAUGCAAACCAAACUAGAGAGAAACAAGAUUGAAUCAUCAAAAGCUCGUAAAGUGGAACAGUAUGUGACCUCAACACCAGGAGUGUUCGUCUUCAUGUCUCUUUCUGAUAUUUUUCAACCUCUACUCUUCUUGCCAAUUUGCAUAUAUGUUAAAAUCAUUCCGCAGUUUACAGAGCCAAAAUCUGUCACAGAAACCAAAAGGAAUCAUGGAUCUGUUCUGAGAGCAAUAUUGCAAGCAAAAGUUUCGAAUGCAAUAGCGAGCAUUUAUGGAAGGAUGGGCGGUUUUGUGGAAAAACAAGUUGAUCAUAUGUCUAUAGCGAUUUUUCUCUCAUYCAGACAUCUCUUUGAUCUGAUCAAGGUAACCACGCCUUCUUUCAGAACCAAGAAAACCACUACAUUUGUAGCACUGAAUGUUGAAGCCCAAAUGGCUCUAAACACACCCGAAGAACAAAAUCACAUCAACAAUGGAGUCACAAUUGGUGAUGGAGCAGAAACUUCUAGUGUCAAAUUUGCUGAUGAGCGAUGGAAACAUGGGACUUGGGAUUUGAAUAUGUUUGUGAAAUCUGGAACAAUGGAUUGGGAUGCUCUGAUUGUUGCUGAAGCAAGGAGGAGAAAGUUUCUUGAAUUGUAUCCAGAAGAAGCAACAAAUCAUGAUCCUGUGCUGUUUAGAAGCUCUAUUAUACCCUGGUGGGCUUGGGUUACACAUUCUCACCUUCCUGAGGCUGAGUUGCUCAAUGGUCGAGCGGCAAUGAUUGGGUUCUUUAUGGCUUAUCUUGUGGAUGUUUUGACUAGGCUUGAUGUUGUGGGGCAAAGUGGUAAUUUCAUAUGUAAGAUUGGAUUGUUUGCUACAGUCAUGGGUGUAGUCCUUUUUCGGCAAACCAAUUCUCUACAGGAUCUCAAGAAUCUAGCAGAUGAGGCCACAUUUUAUGAUAAACAGUGGCAAGCUUCAUGGCAAGAUCAAGAUUCAAGUGAUGACACAUCAGGAAAAAAAUGAAACCUGUGUAUCAUUUAUUAACAAAACUGCUUGUCUGCAUUUCCAAUCAUAAACUUAAAUUACAUGUACGAAACUAGUUAGAGUCUUGGACAAUAUAUGAAUGUACCCUGAACAUUUUUGUACUUCUAUUCUUGCUUGAUCAAGAAACCAUAAAUUUUCAGAUGAUCAUGUUGCUAUCUAUAGAAACCAGUUGUUGACGAUCAAGAUAAAGCUGUAUCUAAGUAUUAGUUUUGGCUUUUU